CGGACUGUAGGUGGCGCAAACGUGGCCGCGAGGCAAGGGCUCGGUGGGAAGCAGGAAAGGCCGGAUAAGUAGAACUCAGAUGUGGCUUUUGGGGUAGGCGGAUGGAUUGCUUCUGCCUGAUGACGUAUUUUGACUGAGUCCGUCGUGUUUUUCCUGCGCCUUGGUUGGUGUGCCAUGGCGCCCGUGUGGCCGGCACGAAGGGGGCGGACAGGGAGUUUGGGGACGCCUGGAGGAAUUUCACAGGUUGAAUUCAGAAAUAAGAAUGUGAAACGGAAAACGUGGCGACCUAAUCAUCUGCAAGCCUUUUCGGGGAGCGUUCGAGAAGGACAAGGCUUUGCAUUUCAAAGAAAACUCAAGAUUCAGCAAACUUAUAAGAAAUUACUCCGGAGGGAAAAGAAGUCUCAAACACCAAGUGAAUCCCCCUUCACAGAUUGGUAUCCUGAUCAUCUGAAACAUCUUUAUUUAGCUGAAGAGGAAAGACUCAGGAAGCAGCUUAGAAAAGCUAACCAGCCUCUGUUAGAAGAACAAGUUGAUCAGCCUUUGCCAGAAGACCACGGUAGCAAUGAUCAGGCUUUGUCUGAAGAACACUGUAGCAUUGAGCAGCCUCAGCCAGAAGAACAGUGUAGCAUAAGAAUAAACUCCAUUAAUAUUCCAAAGAAAAAUAAAAAGAAAACAUCAAAUCAAAAAGCGCAGGAAGAAUAUGAGCAGAUACAAGCCAAGCGAGCUGCUAAGAAACAAGAAUUUGAGAGGAGAAAACAAGAGAGAGAAGAAGCUCAAAGGCUCUACAAGAAGAAGAAAAUGGAAGUGUUCAAAAUACUGAGCAAAAAGACUAAAAAGGGCCAACCAAACUUGAAUUUACAAAUGGAGUAUCUUCUAAAAAAAAUACAAGAAAAAAAUUAAGUCAGUUGUUGCCUGACUAAUCAGCCGUUAAAUUAUAUGCUUGCUAUUGAGUUCUUUUGUAUAUGGAGUGUCCCUCCUAACAUGUAACUAAAUUUGUCAACAUAAACUAAAUGGCUAAGCUAUAUUAAAUAUAAGAUGUCCAAAUAUUUUUGUUUUUAUAAAAGAAAAUUUUCUAUAUAUGCUCUACAUUAUGUAUGAUUUGAUUUUUAUUUAUUUGCCACUGUAGGAAGGUUGCCCUUAAGAACUGAAAGAACCUGCUAUUUGCACGACAAGUUCAAGCAUGUAAUAAUUUUGUACUGUAUGAAAUUCAGAUGAAAUAAAGUUUUGAAAGUAAGGGAGAAAAG